UUCAAAAUCUAUAUACAAUUAUUUGCGGUUGGCAACACUUAUUUCACAUGUCAUUCUAAAUGUCAAAGAGUGAAUAAAAAAAAUUUCAUCCACUGUAUUUUAUUCGGCUGCUCUUGUAUAUUUUCAUAUUUUUAGAGCAAUAUGAUUCGUGCACCGCUUGUUAAGGCCUUGGGCACACUGGGCUCGCCCACUCAUAAAAUCGCCAGUAAAGCGGUGCGUACCAGUGCCGCUCUUGCCCAGACACCAGCCAAAGCUCCCGAAAAGAUUGAAGUGUUUGUCGAUGACAUUCCCGUUAAAGUAGCUCCCGGAACUACAGUACUACAGGCAGCCGCAAUGAUUGGUGUAGAGAUUCCACGUUUCUGCUAUCAUGAACGUUUAGCUGUAGCUGGUAACUGUCGUAUGUGUUUGGUUGAGGUGGAAAAAAGUCCUAAACCUGUGGCCGCCUGUGCUAUGCCAGUCAUGAAGGGAUGGCGAAUCAAGACAAAUUCCGAAAUGACCCGUAAAGCUCGCGAAGGUGUUAUGGAAUUCUUACUUAUGAACCAUCCCUUGGAUUGUCCCAUUUGUGAUCAAGGUGGUGAAUGUGAUUUGCAAGAUCAAGCUAUGGCUUUCGGUUCAGAUCGUUCACGUUUCACAGAUAUCAACCAUACAGGCAAACGCGCUGUUGAAGAUAAAGAUAUUGGUCCUUUGGUCAAAACUAUCAUGACACGUUGCAUUCACUGCACACGUUGCGUUCGUUUCGCUUCGGAAAUUGCUGGUGUUGAUGAUUUGGGUACUACCGGUCGUGGCAAUGAUAUGCAAAUUGGCACUUAUGUAGAGAAACUAUUUUUAACUGAAUUGUCCGGCAACGUUAUUGAUUUGUGUCCAGUCGGUGCUUUGACUAAUAAACCAUACAGCUUUGUUGCCCGUCCCUGGGAAAUCCGUAAAAUCAGCAGCAUUGAUGUUUUAGAUGCCGUCGGUAGUAAUAUUGUCGUUAGCACUCGCACUAAUGAAGUAUUGCGUAUUUUACCACGUGAAAAUGAAGAAGUCAAUGAGGAAUGGUUAGCUGAUAAGUCACGUUUCGCUUGUGAUGGCUUGAAACGUCAACGUUUAGUAGCUCCUAUGGUACGCAUGCCAAACGGUGAAUUACAAGCUGUUGAAUGGGAGGGUGCACUUAUUUCUGUGGCUAAAGCUUUAAAGAAUGCUAAGGGUUCGGUAGCUGCUGUCUCCGGUCAAUUGGCUGAUGUUGAAUCAAUGGUGGCUCUUAAGGAUUUACUCAAUCGCAAUGGCGCUGAAGUUUUGUGCACUGAACAAGGUUUUGCCACCAAUGGUGCCAGUACUGAUUUGCGUUCCAACUACGUCUGCAACAGUUCAAUUGCUGCUUUGGAAGAAGCUGAUGCUGUUUUAUUGAUUGGUACCAAUCCCCGUUAUGAAGCUCCUUUGCUUAAUACCCGUCUACGCAAGGCUUAUGUACACAAUGAAUUGGAAAUUGCUUCAAUUGGCCCCAAAGUAGAUCUUUCUUAUAAACACGAUAACUUGGGUGAAGAUGCUGGAUUAAUUACCCGUGUCUGCACAGGCUCUCAUGCUUUCUCCAAGGUUUUGGAGGGUGCCAAAAAACCCGCCAUUAUUGUUGGUGCUGAUGUUUUGGAACGUGCUGAUGGUUCAGGUAUCUUGGCUACCGUUUCUGCAUACUGCAAGAAAUUGAACAAACCUAACUGGAAUGCUUUGAAUGUUUUACAAACAAAUGCCGCCCAAACAGGAGCCUAUGAUGUUGGAUACCAACCCGGUCUCCAAGCCGCCAUUAAGGCCAAACCUAAAGUGUUGUUCCUGUUGGGUGCUGAUGCUGGCAAAGUUAGUCGUGAUCAAUUGCCUCAAGAUUGCUUUAUUGUCUACAUUGGUCAUCAUGGUGAUAAUGGUGCAUCCAUUGCCGAUGCUGUUUUACCUGGUGCCGCAUAUACCGAAAAACAAGCCACCUAUGUUAAUACCGAAGGUCGUGCGCAACAAACCUUGACCGCUGUAUCACCACCCGGUAUGGCUCGUGAAGACUGGAAGAUUUUGCGUGCCCUUUCUGAAGUAGCUGGUACUCCCCUUCCAUACGAUACUCUUGAUGAAUUGCGCAACCGCAUCGAAGAUAUUGCUCCUCAUUUAACUCGUUGGGGUAAAUUGGAACCUGCUAUCUUCCAAGGCUUAGCUGAUCAAUUAGCUGCGACAAAAUCUAUUGACAAUACCAGAGUUGAUAUCAAAUUGAAGGAAUUGCGUGAUUACUUUAUGACCGAUGCCGUUUCUAGAGCUUCUCCUACCAUGGCUAAAUGUAUAUCGGCUGUUAAUAAACAAAAUAGCAAACAACAGCAACGUGCCGCUUGUUAAAUUUUCCCUCUUUCUUUCGUUUUGUGAGGCGUUAAAAAUUGUGUUUGAAACGCAAUUUUUAAAUAUUAUAUUUACUACUAAUUAAACUUAGCUACAAAUAAUUAAUUAAUAUAAAGAAACAACUUUUAAAGUCAUCUUAAUUAAAAAAUCUUUACCCAAAUACUACAAAAAUAUUAAACGAACGAAUUUGUUGUAAUUGUUGUAGCAAAAGUUUGUUCUUAUUUUAAUGAUUUUUGUAAAGCGUGAAAAUGAAGAAUAUUUUGCUUUAGAAGAAAUAUACAACAAAUAGAAAGGAA